AUGUUUCAGAGCCUUGUUGGGAAACGAGAACGAGUGGAUUUCGCCAAUACUGUCAUCAAGUAUGACCGAAGAUUCAAGGCAGAUCGAUAUCGGCCACAUACUCUCGAUAGGUCUUUCACCCUACCAGGACGACUUUUGUCGUCAUCAUUAAUCAAACACUUCAAAGAGCGAACUCGUGGUGGAAUACUCCAGUUGGAAUUCGCCACCAGCCAUACAAUCGUUUUGAAGAAGACCCGAUUUGGUGGCGGUACAAGGACCGUUCAGUUCCAUUUGUCUGGUAGUAGCGCGCUCAAUGCGAACUGA